UUUCUUUACCCGUAACAUAUUUAUUCACAGAGUUUCAAGAUGAUCGAACAGUUGUCUAAACAUCGCCUUUUUGACCUGGAUGCAUGAUAAAAUAGCAAGUUGAAAACAAAAUGAAGUCACUCUUCUGAAUGGCUGGAUCGGACAUCACAGACAGGACAAAGAGUGUCUGUGAUGUAGCUGUUAAGCACUUAGCCGUCGCACUCAGAAGACGUGCGUUCAAUUCACGUAUUGCUUUUUUGAAAAUCGAAUAUUUCCGUCUGUCUGUAGGACCUCGUAUCCCUCUCAUCACAGAAUUGUCCUGGCCAGUCUAAAUUGCGUUGAACGCGGCGUAAAAAGUCUACGGCUAUUCUCCAAUAACAUAGCAUAACACAAUAAACAACACCAACAUUAAAAUUAGAUAUUCGCUUAAAAAACAAACGAGGCAACUGGUUAAAAGUGUGUACACAAGACCAUUUUUGACCUGCAACUCUCGAAGAACUGAAAACACACAUGAAGAAAUAAACUCAGUUCAUUUGUCUGUAAAGAUUGUGUUGGUACCGUACGGAAAAAAAGUGCAGCCAUGGAAGUCGCUGACGGCAAGGUCAUUAACUCUGAAGGUCACACGACACUGUUUACAGCAAAUACAACGGUGUCUGAAUCAGACAACCUCUUUUAUAAUGAGGCCAGUAACGAGAGCAACAUCCUCGGCCCUCACGUGAUCAAACUGAUUGGGCUCAUCUGUAACAACAUCUACAUCCCCAUCGUCUCCGUCUUUGGUCUAGUCGGCAACAUGCUUAACAUCAUCGUUCUGAGUCAGCACGGAGUCAAAAGCAACAGCUCAACGGUCCUUCUCUUCGGUUUGUCUCUCAGUGAUUUCGCCUUCGUGUUGACCAAACCGUUAGUUUGUUUGGGUGGGAUUAUCUUCUACUUCAAUGAACCUUUGGGUACAAGUGUCUCCAACCUGACAUACUGCUUUUUGCACAUGGUAACCAGAACAUUCGUGGCGAUAUCUACAGGUCUCAUAGCUGUGAUUUCAGUCGAACGUUUUGUAGCUGUGUUUUUCCCUUUCAAAAUGUCUCAAUAUUUCACACCGCAAAAUACGGCAGUUAUAGCAUCUUUAACAGCUUUGUCUUAUGUCUUUGCAAUGUCACCGUUUUACGCCGUGUUCACGUACAAAUGGGAAUAUUCUUCUAUCUAUAACACAACUGUGGCGACAGUUGUUCCCACACCCUUUUAUAAGCAAAACUUUGAUUUGAUCAACUUGUACGGUGGAGUCCCCUUAAAUAUCUACGCGGGUCCAAUUCCCCUUGGCGUUGUCCUAGCUUCUGGAUGCGCCAUUAGUUUCAAGCUCACCUUAAACAGCAAGCAGAGAAAAAGCAUGACCCACACGACCCAAACAGCCGUAGAUGACUCCAAAGUUAUGAAAAUGCUCUUGAUAGUUUGUACCGUUUUCUUUGUCACAAUAUUUCCUUCGACCAUCGUCCAUUUCUACCUUUACUUCAGCAUACCAGACGAUAUUUUCAACGACCCUGUCUACAUCACUGUCCAGUACCUAACUGAAGUUGCUUACGUCACCAACGCCAGUAUCAACUUCAUUAUCUACGUCACUGUGUCCAACAAGUUCAGAGCCAGGUACAAGAAAUUAUUGUGUCGCUAAGGAGCACAACUUUCAUGCACAUUUGAACCGAGUAUUGUUUGGUUGCAUACAUUGUGAAAAUCAAACUUUGAUUAAUACUAUGAGCUUGUCAUCGUGUUGCAAAUUGCUUAUAUGCAGUUUGCCUUUCAAACUGUGUUAACUUCAUUAUCUACGUCACUGUGUCCACCAAGUUCAGAGCCAGGUACAAACCUCUGUGUCGCUAUGAGGAGCCCGACUUUGAAACAUUUAACCGAGUCUUGCUUGGUUGUUUAAUUUAGGUUAAGUAGAGGUUU